UUGUGAUAUAGCCCGGGAUCGAACCAGAGUCUGUAGUGACGCCUCUAGCACUGAGAUGCAGUUCCUUAGACCACAGGGCCACUCGGAAGCCUAUAUACUGCAUCACUAGAACGAAGGUUAACUAUCACCUUGUAGAGCAUCACUAGAAACAAGGUUAACUAUCACCUUGUAGAGCAUCACUAGAAACACUCUGGGGGCUUUUUCUAUGCUUAAGUUGAUCUCCCAUUCUUUACUCUCCACUCCUCUCCUCUGCUCCUCCUCUCCUCUCAGUGUGAUGGUUCUCCUUCAGUUCCCCGGGCUGCACCUGCGCCUGCUCCUCCCCCUCCUCCUCUCCUCCUCCUCCUCCUCCUCUCCUCUCAGUGUGAUGGUUCUCCUUCAGUUCCCCAGGCUGCCCCUGCUCCUCCUCCCCCUCCUCCUCCCCCUGUCCUGUGAUGCCUGUCCAUCAGGAUGUCACUGCUACAGCCUGACUGUAGAGUGUGGAUCUCUAGGACUCAGAGAGAUCCCACAGAGAGUUCCUGACACAACACAGACCGUAUUCCUGCAGGAUAAUGCUAUUGUCCACAUCCGUCGUUUGGACCUGUCAGGGCUGGACCGGCUGCUCUACCUCUACCUGCAGAACAACAGCAUCUCAGCCUUGGAGCCUGGGGCUUUCCUGGCUCAGGGCCCGCUGAUAGAGUUAGCCCUCAAUGGGAACCUCAUCCACCUGCUAACCCCCGACACCUUCACCGGCCUGGUCCACCUCCGCAUCCUCUACCUGGCGGCCAAUCAGAUCACACGGCUGCAUGAUCACACCUUUACUGGGCUGCAGAGUCUACAGGAGCUACACCUCCAGGAGAACAGUAUAGAGGUGCUGGGUGACCAAGCUCUGGCUGGACUCUCCUCCCUGGCUCUCCUGGACCUCAGCAGGAACCAGCUCCACACCCUCGGACCAGCCUCCCUACAGCCCCUCGUGAGCCUGCAGGUCCUCAGAGUCACAGAGAACCCGUGGCGGUGCGACUGUGCGCUCCAGUGGCUGAGGUCGUGGAUCGAUGCUGAGGGUCAGAGGUUUCUGAGCUGGUCAGAGCGUCGUCUGCUGUGUGCCGAACCCCCCCGCCUGGCCUACCUCAGUCUGCUGGAGGUGGCAGCUAACAGCCUGGUGUGUAUCCCUCCUGUGUUACACCUGGAGCCCAGCCAUCUCACCGUGCAGCUGGGAGAGAGUCUCAGAGUGGCCUGUCAGGCCUCUGGAUACCCCCGGCCCCUGGUCACCUGGAGAAAGAUCUCAAUGGGCAGGGCACUGCUAGGGCCCAGAGGACUGCUGCAGGAGCUGGGAGGAGAGGGGGUGAAGAGGAGACAGGAGCUGGGAGGAGAGGGGGUGAAGAGGAGACAGGAGCUGGGAGGAGAGGGGGUGAAGAGGAGACAGGAAAGAGGAGGAGGGGUAGCAAGGGAUGUGCGGGGGCCAGUUGGCAUGGUGACAGAGGAGGAAGUGGAGGGGGGAGAGAGGGAGAGCUUCGACCCAGACACAGGAAGUGGAAUGCUGUACCUAAGCAACGUGACGGUGGCUCACGCCGGGCACUACGUGUGCGAGGCCUUGAACCCUGGGGGCGUGGCCCAUAUGACCUUUCACCUCGCCAUCAACAUGACAUCAUCAACCGCACUCUGGCCUCGGCUGCACUCCGCCUCGUCGUCCCUCUACCUGGGGGAGGUGGUCGGGGUCAGCCAAGAGCCCCUGUACGAGGUGGGCAGUAUGGACUUCUCGGCUCUGGGCCCGGCCACUCAGACAGUCAUCGCAGUGAGCAUCUCUCUGCUGGUUCUGAUUGUUCUGCUUCUACUGGUUAUGAUCUACAGUCGCCAGCAGCAACACAAACAGCCAUUCUGCAGCAGUAGUAGAAGCAGCAGUAAGGAAGAGAGGAUCCUGUACGUUAAUAACUACUCAGAUGGCCCCACCACCUUCUCUCAGCUGGAAGAUUACCGUGACGACGCUGGACACGAGAGGUACAUCCUCAACUGCUCCCGCCCCGGCUCCACCCUGCCAACACAUGCAGGGCUCCUAGCCAAUCAGCAGGGGGUGCUGGUACUACAGGAAGGUAUUCAUGCCCAAGUUAGGAAGAUGGCCUACGAGAUCCACUGCUGAGAGGAGAUCCACUGAGGGGAGAGAUCCACUGCUGAGAGGAGAUCCACUGAGGGGAGAGAUCCACUGCUGAGAGGAGAUUCACUGAGGGGAGAGAUCCACUGCUGAGAGGAGAUCCACUGAGGGGAGAGAUCCAUGGAAAGGGAUAGUUAAGAGGAAUAUAUAUAGUGCUGAGAGUAGAUUUUUAAAGAGAUGUGACGGUUUCUCUCUAAACACACCCUGAAGAAUGGUUAACUCCACAGAAUAAAUAAAUGGUUAACUCCACAGAAUAAAUAAAUGGUUAACUCCACAGAAUAAAUAAAUGCAGCCUCAGGAUAUGCAGUUGCAGUUUUUACAAUCACCAAAGAAAAUGAUAUUGGAGGGUAAUGCAGUCGGCAUUUGAUGGUGAGGUAUUCCAGAUUGGGAGAACAAAAGGACUUGAGUUCCUGUACGUUAAUCACACCGUCACUAGUUAAUCAUGAGACAUACCCCUCCACCUUUAUUCCCCCUGGAGAGUUCUUUCUUCCUGUCUGCACACUGAACCCCGCUGGCUGAAUGGAUGGGGAGAAUAUAUCCCGAGAGGGCCAUGAUUCCGUAAAACAUAUUAUGUUACAGUCCCUGAUGUUGCUCUGGAAGGAGAUUCUCGUCCUGAGAUAUGCUUUAUUGGCCAGGGACUGGACGUUAGUGAGUAAUAUACUCUGAAGCCGAGGAUGGUUUAUACUCUACCGUCUACACACACCAUCCUAUAUAACUACUAUCCUAUAUAACUACUGUCUAUACACACACCAUCCUAUAUAACUACUG